GCCUGAGGGGAAACUCCAACAAGGUUCAGAAGGAUAAGACAAAGAUAUUUAAUGCUAGCGGGCUUGGUGGUGCAGGCCUUGCGCUCGGGAGGCAGAGGCCGGAAAUCGUGGUUGAGAUAAAAAAUGAAGGAGCUGAAGUUGGGAAAUUUGGCCAUUCUGAAGUCUUCAAGAAACCUUAGCUUAUCUCCUUUUCUUCAGUUCAGUCUAUAGAGCACAGGCUGCUCUCCAAUGCUUCCCAGGUGAGCUCCCAUUUCUGUAUAAAAAUUCUGUAUUUGUUGCAGGACUUUGUUGUUCACUAUGGUAGAUUGAAAUUUUAUCUCCUGUGGUGAUUGAUGCAUGAUUUUAUUCCUAGCACUUGGGAGGCAGAGACCAGCCUGGUUUACAUAGCAAAUUCCAGAGAAAUCUGUGGUGACUGAACUUGCUUUUGGGAGAAUAGAAAUUAUAAACAUAACCUGUGACCAUGUCUUUAUAUUUCACUAUCAUUUGGGUGAGCUCUCCCUCCCUCCCUGCCUCCUCCCUCAGUUCUUCCCUUCCUAGCGUUCUCUCUCUCUCUCUCUCUCUCUCUCUCUCUCUCUCUCUCUCUCUCUCUCUCUCUCCAUUAUCUUGGAUCUGAGCCUUCCUAAUGCUGUCUAAUUUCAUCUGGACUAACCACCAUGCCACUCUGCUUUCUAAAAGCCCUCAGGCAGGCUUUGAGGCCAACAGGACAGAGUAGAUACAGUUUGUGAUCAGCAGAGGGGGGCAUGUCCAUUGCUGGCCUCUCUCUGUGCUUCUUGGAUUAAUGGUUCUCAAUCUUCUUAAUGCUGCUCCCCUUUAAUACAGUUCUUUAUGUUGUGGUGACCCCCUCAACCAUACAAUUAUUUUUGUUGCUACUUCAUGACUGUAAUUUUGCUACUGUUAUGAAUCUUAACAUAAAUAUCUGAUAUGUAGGCUAUCUGAUAUGUGACCCCCGUAAAAGGGUUGUUCGACCCCCAAAGGGGACAUGACCCACAGGUUGAGAGCCACCAUUCAUGAUGCUCCUUCAAAGAUGACUUUCUUUAUCAUCCUGGGCUACUUAGCUCUGCAGCCUCUUUUUCAUCCUCACAUCUGUGACAUUUCUUGCCUCAGAAUCUAGCCAUAGUUUUCUUUCUAUCUGGAAUACCAUCAUUUCCCUUUACAUUUUCCACAGCUAUAGCAGUCUACUCAGCACCACAUCUCCCAGAACUAUUUCAUUCAGUUUUAAUUCAUCAGCUUCCUCUCAGUGUGCUGCAAUUAUCUGUUGAUGUGUGCAUCUAUUCCAUAAGGCUCCUUAAGGUAAUGGCCUUGUUUUAUUUGACUGGGAAUCCUCAAGGUUUAAAAUAAUAUCCUCUAUAUACUCAGUAUAAGAGUGCUAAAGAAAGAAAAAUGGUUAGUCAAGGAGACCCCGGGGGAGACAUACAACAUACAACUUAAACUGUACCUCUCUGUCUCUGAGGAUAUAGCACCAGUGCUACACAGGAAUAGAAAAUGUCAUUCCAUGUAAUAUACAGAUUUGGCCUGUGGCAGAGUCAUAAACAGCAAGCAGUUCCCUGAGUCAUUUAGUUUCACCUUCCCAGGCAGCUGUUGUAGGCAUCGGUGUCAGACAACUUAAAUUUCAUGUUAUAAAUGACACGCACUUUUAUUACUACUGUGGAGUGGAAACAGGUUACAUUUCAUGAGAACAUGUGCAUGGUUUGCUCCUUCUUUCUUCUUCCCCGUUCUCCUUUGCUUCCAGCCGUCCUACAUAUUCUCUCUGCAGUAAAAAGCAGACAUGACUCAGUCAGCAUGUGAAGUCCUGCCUGCCAUACAAGGAUCACUUCAGCUCUUCAGAAGCACUGUGCUCCAUCACACCUCUGCACCCACAAGCUUUUGCAUCAGGUCACAUUGCCCGGUCCAGUCUGCUGGCUAGCCCACUGUUAUCCAGCUCUCAAAACUUAGCUUAAUGUAAGACAGUAGCUUAUACAACAGUCACUUAAAAGCUACUGUCUUCAGGAAGUUUCCCUGAACUUUAUUUCCACACUCUCUGCCCCACAAUCCUCUACCCUACAACCUGAGUCUGGGUUUCUUUUCCUUCUGUUCCCACAGCUCCUAUACUUCCCUCUCACCAUCAUUUAUUAUACCUUAAUUAAAACUUCUAGUCAGCUAAAGAAACUGUGCUUUCAGAAGAUUAUUUUGAUAAAAUACUCUAAAAACUAGAGACAAAAAGUCUACCCAGUGGGCCAUUGUACACACAGGAGUGGGACACAGAGGAAGAAAUGAUAAGAAAUCAAAGAAAUUGAUGAGACUGAAGUGACUACGUGAUGGAGGCCAGAGACACUGUUGAGGUAAAGAUGACUGGCCUUCACCAUGGGACUCCAGCAUACCAUUCAAUUCUUUUGUAGCAGUAUUGGCUUUGGUUGUGAAAGGUAAAAGUUUGUUGUCAAGGAACACACAUGGUGGUCACUACACAAAGUUUUGGUUUUUAUUGAAAAUUUGAAUAUGGAUAAGCUCUCCUGGGCCAUUAGGAAUACGCUACAUCAAAGGGCACGGGAAGGAAGAGCCAGGGUGGUAAUAACUAAAAGGGAAAGAUGAAGACGAGUUUAAUCCAUCCUCAUUUUGUACACUCUGUUAUCUUGUUUUAGCCUUGUCAAUCUUAGAAUUGCAACAGACAACAGAGACACACUAAAAUUUCUCUAGUUACUGUCAAGCCAACCAGAAAACUGAAUGAUCCCAUGGAAAGCAUCUCCACAGGAAACCAAACUGUCACUGAAUUUAUACUUCUUGGCUUCCAUGAAGUCCCUGGGCUGUACCUCCCUUUCUUUUCUGUUCUCACCAUCGUCUAUGCCUCCAUCAUCACAGGGAACAUGCUCAUUGUAGUGGUGGUGGUCAGCUCCCAGAAGCUUCACACACCUAUGUAUUUCUUUCUGGUGAACCUGUCCUUCAUUGAGAUCCUCUAUACCUCCACAGUGGUGCCCAAAAUGUUGGAGGGCUUCCUACAGGAGUCUGCAAUCUCUGUGGCUGGCUGCUUGAUCCAGUUCUUCAUCUUUGGCUCUCUGGCUACAGAUGAGUGUUUUCUUCUGGCUGUGAUGGCAUAUGAUCGCUACCUAGCAAUCUGUCACCCACUAAGAUACCCGCUCCUGAUGGGGCCUCAACGGUGUCUGGGGUUGGUGCUCACAGUCUGGAUGUCUGGAUUCAUAGUAGAUGGACUAGUUGCUGCUUUGAUGGCCCAGCUGUGGUUCUGUGGCCCCAACCAAAUUGACCACUUUUACUGUGAUUUCUCACCUUUGAUGGUCCUGGCCUGCUCAGAUACCGGAGUGGCCCAGGUGACCACAUUUGUUCUCUCUGUUGUCUUCCUGACGAUCCCCUUUGGGCUGGUUCUGGUUUCCUAUGCUCAGAUUGUGGUGACUGUGUUGAGAGUUCCCUCUGGCGCCAGAAGAACAAAAGCUUUUUCCACAUGCUCCUCUCACCUGGCCGUGGUGUCUACAUUCUAUGGAACACUCAUGGUCUUGUACAUUGCACCCUCUGCUGUCCACUCGCAGUUUCUCUCUAAGGUUGUUGCCCUGCUCUACACAGUGGUCACUCCCAUCUUCAACCCUGUUAUCUAUACCUUGAGGAACCAGGAGGUACAUCAGUCACUAAGAAGGCUUCUCUACUGCAAAGCAAUUGAAAUGUGACCUAAGGAGAGCAGUGAAGAUUUUCUAUUGGACUUUCAGGGUCUUGCUUGAAAAGUCUCCCAUAAUGGGCCGGGGAUGAACACUUUGUUAUUUCCCAAAAUUUCCCUUUAAGUCUUCUGAAUUAUUCUCAAGGGGAAGAUAACAGUUCAACAAUUUUCAAAUAUUAGUGUGGUGGUUUGAAUGAGAGUGGCCCCCAUAGGUUCAUAAAUUUGAAUGCUUGGUCAUCAGGGAAUGGCACUAUUUGAAAUGAUUAGGUGGUGUGGCCUUGUUGGAGGAUGUGUGUCACUGGUGUGUGUGUGUGUGUGUGUGUGUGUGUGUGUGUGUGUGUGUGUGUGUGUGAGGGGGGUUGGACUUUGACUUUUUGAGAGCCCAAGCUAGUCCCAGUGGCUUUUUCUUUUCCUGCUGCCCAUAGAUUUGGUUUUAGAACUCUCAGCUACUUCUCCAGCACCAUGUCCAUCUGUGUGCUGCCAUAAUGGACUAAAUCUCUGAAACUGUAAGCAAGCCCCAAUUAAAUGCUUUCUUUUAUAAGAAUUGCUGGAGUCAUGGUGUCUCUUCACAGAAAUAGAACACUGACUAAGACAAUUAGUUUAAAAGAUUAUGUAAACUAAUAUGAAAAUUUUUAAUUGAAUACACCAUAAAUAGUGCACUUUUUUGAUCAUCAAACAGGGCAGACAUAUACUGAAUUGUUACUCUCUAGUCCAUUGCUAUACGUAGUGCUACUACUACUGAUUAAUGAAAGGAAAAUUAAAGAAAGAAAAUAUCAAUACUGAAACAAAUUUAGAAUUAAUUCUCAUUUAUAUUAAUGUAAUAUGACUUUUAAAGCAUUCUUUAUUUUUGGAUGUGUGUGUCUACAACUUGUAUAAUAGAAUUUGCAAUCUGUUCUCCCACUGAACAAAUCAUGAACAAAUCCUGUGUUAACUAUUGUCCACUUCUUUACUCUUUUUAGCUUCUUCAUAUGGCUAAACAUAACUGAAUAGUUUAAAUAACCUUUUGUUGUUAGGAAUGUUUAGUUAUACUCAGCUUCUAGAAGCCACUUCAACUUUUUUACAUUCAUGUUUUUCUAUAAUACAGUUUCAGAACAUAAGUUGCUAGGCCUAAUGAUAUGUGCAUUUACAAAUAUUAAAGUUGAUUUUAUUCUACUUAUUUACUUUGUGACUUUAUUACAGAAACAUACACAAAAAUAGAGUACAGUGUAGUGGUAGUGAAUGCAUAUUUGCUAAAAACUUUUAGGGCAAAUUUCAGAGGUUGGCUAAAGAUUGUGCUGUUCACAAAUUAUGUAUAUAUUUCACAUACAAAUUUUCAUUAUACCUCCCUAUUUAUAGAGACAGUUUUUCACUAGGUUCCAGUGGAUAGUUCUGUGCCCAUAACCAUACAGACCCUCUUGAUUAAAGGCUCCAAUGAAUGGACCCAUUCCCAUGGUCAUACAGACCACCUUGGUUAAAGUCUCCAAUGGAUAGCUUGUACCCACAGUCAUAAAGGCUGCCUUGGUUAAACUCAGUGGGUUUCAAAACAAAACCAGAAGACAUGAAUGUGGGCUUGUAGGAUAGAGAAGAGGUUAAUGGGGUUGGGAAAGAGAUUAAGAGGAUAAGAAAUCAGAGUAACUAGAAUACAUUAUACACAUACAUGAAAUUGUCAAAGAACAAAUUUUAUUUGUAAUAUGAUUUAAAAUGUAAAGAAAAGAUACACAUAAAUAACAACAAUAAAAAGAUAGUUUUUAAAGCAUGCCCACUAGGGGCUUAAAAAAUAGUUCAGCAAAACAGUUACCUUGUAAGCACAGAGAUUGGAGUUCAAUCCCCCAGAGCCUACCUAGAAAAAUCCACCCAUGGUGGUGGUACUCUUGUAAUCACAGCAAUGGGAGACAGAGACAGGCAGAUUUUCGCGGCUUGCUGGUCAACCAUCCCAUCUUAUUCGACAAGUUCCAGGACAGUGAGAGAUCCUGCCUCAAAAGAUAAAAGGAGAACUUGUUGUUUUUCCAUCAGCACAGUGGCUGCACCUGUAUCUGCUGAUGCUUCAGCCAGUAAUUGUGGCUCCACAGUCACUGGCCCACUUGUCAGGCAGUGGCCAGGUAGGGCUUUCAUGUCCCACCAGUCUGCCUCCUGCCACUGCCAUUAAACGUAGUUUUUAAUUAAAUCUCUAUUGCUCUAUUUACCAAUAAGACUCGGGAGUCAGAAGCUUGGGUGAAAACCUGCUAGCUCAGAGAGGUUGAGUAGCAACUAGAUGACCUUAUCUCUUUGCCAGCAUCUCCAAAAGAGAGCGUCACUCUGCCACACCAAAAAAGACCGCUGCACUCAAAGUCUCUCCCUACUAAUACUUUCUAUGUAUCUCUCUAUCUGUAUUUCUAGCUCCUCUGGACUCUCUAUGGCUAAUUUCGGUCAACUAGUUGCUGGCUCUGCCCCCAAUCCAAGAUUAAUUUUGUUAACACAUUUCCAGGGGUUCACAGUGUGAUCAAAUAUCCUGCAACAGAGGACAAUGCCUGAGAUAUGUAACAUGAUUCCUGGGGUUGUCCUCUGGCUUACAUAUACUCGCACAUGUAUAGGCAUAUGUGUCGGAUUAUCUAUGAAAAUACACACACACACACACACACACACACACACACACACUCACACAUGGGGGGGUCUCUCCAAUGUUUUUGGAUUGGCAGAAUUAAUAUUGGGUAACUGGCUGCAUUAUUGAGAUCAUUGGAAGUCUCCAUUCAAAUCUUAAUGUCAUUCUUCACAAAAUCAGGAAAAAAUAAUACUAACACUCAUAGGGAGACACUGAAGUCCAUGAGCAGCCAAAGCAGAAGGAAAAAUGCUUAAAGUGGGCUCUGUCUCAGGGAACAGUUGCAGUCUCAG